AAACAGAUAAAUGAAUGAAUGAAUAAAUAACAUUGCAAUCGUGAGAUCUGUGGUGUUUCAGAGCCGUUAAAUUAACUCGAUCAAUCAACUCAAGCUACAAUCCCCGCCCCUCUUCGCGCAUGCGCAGCCCCGUGCUUAGGAGCUGUCCGUGUCAGUCGGUGCUGGAGUGUUUUCCCUGCAGCUGCUUCUCCUCCCCGGUCCAACGAAACACACGGGAGCGAUGGAGGAAGAGUUAAAAUGCCCCGUUUGCGGUUCUCUCUUCAAGGACCCCAUCCUGCUGCCGUGCUCCCACAAUGUCUGCCUGGCCUGCGCCCGGAACAUCACGGUGCAGACCCCGGACGGAGAGACCCCGGUGCAGAGCCGAGCCUCGUCCGACUACGACUACCUGGACAUGGACAAGAUGAGCCUGUACAGCGAAACCGACAGCGGGUACGGGUCCUACACGCCGUGCCAGCUCAAGUCUCCAAACGGGGUGCGGGUGUUUCCUCCGGUCAACCACCACCGACACUGCUCCCUCACCUGCCCGCUGUGCCACCGGAGCGUCUCCCUGGAUGAGAGGGGGCUCCGGGGCUUCCCUCGGAACCGGCUGCUGGAGGCCAUCACCGCGCGGUACCAGCAGAACCGCCGCGUUGCUUCUAGCGGGUCCUCAUCCACCGCGCAGAAGUGCCAGCUGUGCGACCGCAACCCGGUGGACGCGACGGUGAUGUGCGAGCAGUGCGACGUGUAUUACUGUAACGCGUGCCAGCAGCGGUGCCACCCGUCCCGCGGCCCGCUCGCCAAGCACCGCCUGGUUCCGCCGCCGAACCGAGCGGCAGGAGGAGGCGGUGCGGCGGGAGGAGGCGGUCAGCUGCCGCCCGCCACUGCGCGGAAACCGGCGACAUGCGUGGAUCACGAAGCGGAAAACUUCAACAUGUACUGCUACAGCUGCAAGGCUCCGGUGUGUAUGAAGUGUUUGGAGGAGGGGAAACACGCCAAACACGACGUUAAACCGCUGGCUGUGAUGUGGAAACAACACAAG